AUGUUAUAUUAAAAUUCGAUUAUAAAACAAUUUAAAUUCAUGAAAAUAGACAUAACUAUUCUUCUGAUUCUUGUAUCAAUAACUGUAAACAUUAAAUUAAUAAAAGUAGAAUGAGGAAUCUUAAGAGUUCAUAACAGGUUGUUAGACUGUAUAGAAUCCUUGUUUAAAAAAAUGUGAAGAAGGAUAUUAGCUAUGUGAAGAUAACAAUAAUAUAAGAUGUGAGUAUGGCUAUUUUAAAUUAAAUAUUAAGAAUGAGAAUUAUUGUGUGAGAUGGUAUUGAAUAUGAUUUUAAAAUAAAAAGUCCAUUAUCAAAUGUGGAUGAAAUGAUGUACUUAUGUAUGGAUUGCCGAGAGAAUUCAGAAACUUGGUAAAAUUCAAGAUAAUGCACAUACAAUUAUGCUAUAACAGAUGGGGAUAAAUAUGGGGCAUUUAGAAAGAUUAAAAUACUUGAAACUUAAAUUUUUAAUAUACAUGAAGUAUUAUCAGAAGGAGUAAAGAAUAGUUAUGAAACUGAAUUAUGUGUAGGAUGUUUAGCAUUUUGUGAUGAGUAAAAUAAUGAAGAUGAAGAAGAAGAAUGUAAUAUCUUAUCAGAUCAGGAUGAUAUUAUACAUAUUGGAGUAAUAUGUUCUGAUGGUUAUUAUUUUGAAAAUAAUCUGUGUAUAACUUGUCCAUUUGAUAAAUGCAAAUUAUGUGAUAAUUAAGCAUGUUUUGAAUGCUUUGAAGGUUAUACAAUUGAUUACACUUAAAAAUGCAUACCAUGUUUUUAAGGUUGUGCAAAAUGUGAGUAUUAUAAUGGAAUUAUAUGUUUAGAGUGUAUUAAAGAGUAAGAUAAUUAUUUAGUAUUGAUAUAGGGUGGACUAGAUUGUUCAUAAUGUGAUUAUUAAUGUAUAAGAUGUUAAGUUAUAUAUGUGAAUGGAAUAGAAUAAAAACGAUGUACUCAAUGUAAAAAAGGUUAUAUUGUAAAUAAUCAAGGAUCUUAAUGUGAAUACUAAUAAAAUAAUGAUUGUGAAAUAGGAUACUAUGAAUAUUCAAAAGAUGGAAUCAAUAAAUUAUAGACAUAUAAUUUAGACUUUGAAAUUGUUGUAGAUUAUUCAUCUAAAUAAAAAUGUUAUAAAUGUAAAUCAGGAUAUAAAUUAACAGAUGGACAAAUUUGUACUAUAUAUAUAGAUCCUGAUUGUAGUACUCUUGAUUAAGAUAAAAAUUUAUGUUUAGAAUGCAAAGAUAAUAAAGUACUUAAAUAUGAAAAUGGAAUUACUUUAUCUAAUUCUUGUAUUACAGAUUAAUAUUGCAAUAAAAAGAUUAAAUAUUGUAUAUAAUGCAUUUCAUAUAUUAUCAAUUCCAUUCAAUAAUAUUAAUGUAUUAAAUGUCAAAAAGGAUAUUAUCCUGAUAUCUUUACUAAUCUAUGUUUACAAUGUUAAUCUAGAUGUGAUGAAUGUUGGUAAUAUACUAAUAGUUAUAAUAUAACUGCAUAUUUACAAUUACAAUUAGCUGGAAUAGAUUAUGAUUAAUUUAAAUAAGAUUUAGAACUUAUUAAAAUUGAAAAACUUAAUGAUCCCUUAUGUUCAAUUUGUCAAUUAGGAUUCAAUUUAUACAACAAUUAAUGUAAAGGUUGUACUGAUAGUUGUGUUCCUGAAAGUUUUUAAGAAUAUAACUCUUAAUGCAUAUAUUUAGAUGAUACUGCUUAUUGUGCAAAAUGUCCUAUACCUUCAUUAUAAUAAUCAUUAAUUACUGACAAUAGUGAAUGUAAUGAAUGUCCUAAUAAUUGUAUUGCUUGCAGAGAAAGAAUGUAGGAUGAAAUUAAUAGAGUUAAUCCCUUUUUUAAUCCUGAUUUUGAAUAAUUUAAAAAAUACAGUAAUUAUUGCUAUAAAACAAUUUAACCAUAAAUUAAUCAAAAGAUUUAUAUUGAUUCAUUUUUUGGAGUUCCUAUUACUUGUGUUAAUGAUCCUAAUUCUAAAGGAUGUGAUAAAAAAAUAGUUAAAACAUUUAAUGUAUAUUGUGGAGAUAAAAAUGAUAUCCUUUAACCAAAUGAAAUAUAAUUGAAGGAUGUAUAUAAAAAAUAGAAAAAUAAAAUUGUUACUUUAUAUCUUUAAGGAUUAGAAAAUGCAUAAAUUUAUAAUGAAUACAAUUAGUUAACAAUUAACUAAAUAGAUAUUAAUAUUAAUUUUAUUUCUGAUAAUAAUGGUAUUUGUAACUUUGAUAAACCUAUAUAAAUUAAAUCAAGUUUUUAAAAGAAUAUUUUUACUUUAUAAAAAUUGUCAAUUAUUAUAAAUGGUCAAAAUUCAAUAUUUAAACAAAAUGGAAGAAUGAUACUCUUAGAUUAUUCUUAUGUCUAAAUUUCAAAUGUCAACUUCAAAGAUAAAACAUCUAGUAUAUUUGGAUUAGAGAUUUUAGGUAAGAUGACUAUGUUAACUAUGAUAAACUGUAAAAUUGUUAAAGAAAAUGUUGCAAGUUCAUUUAAUAUUGUAUUAUAAAAUACUAUAUUCCUCAAAUUAUAAUAAGUUGAAUUUGAAAAACUUAAAAAUGAAAAUUUCCUUAAGUAAACUUCAACUAAUUAAUUUAAAGAAUAAGGUCAAUAUAUAUUAGAAGAUGUUCAUGUAAAAGAUAGUGAAAUAAAUGAUAUUCUUAUUACUAUUAAUUAAAUAGGAGCUAAUAAUAUUAUAUAAAUCAAUUCUCUAAAGUUCUCAAAUACUAACAUUACUAAUACAGCUGUAUUUUCAGAUUUAAUUACAACUCCUAGUUACAGUGUAAUAAUAAAUGAUCUUAAAUUGAUCAAAUGUACAAUAACAAAUGGAAGCAUCUUUAAUUUAGCUUUGGUUAAAUCAUUCCAAGCAUAAAAUUUAGAAAGUAUAUUGACUUUAUACUAAAAAUGGUCUAAUUUUAUUAUAAGUACUACAUUCACAAUUGAAAAACUGUUUUGUUAUCAUUCCUUAUUUACUAAUCACUCUGAACUUAUUUCUUCAAACAAUUAAAUUUAUAAUUCAGAUCAGAAAUCUAGUAUUUUAUUAUUCACUUUCAAAUUGAUUACAUUUAGUAAUAAUAUUUGUUAAAAUAUUAAUUGUUUAAUAAUUAUUUCCACUCCUUUAAAUAAUUAUGGUAUAAGUUCCAAUAUUUAAAUUGAAUAAUUAAUAAUAUAAGAAUUGCAAAUCUAAUCUAUAAGUUAAAAGAAUAUUGAAAGAGUUUCAUCAGCCUUGAUUUCUCUUUAAAAUGUUGGAAAUAUCACUAUGAAUGAAUUAACAAUUAAAAAUACAUAAGGUUUAUCUAUAUUUUUUAUUGGAUAAUCAUAAUCCAUAGAGAUUAAUAAUGUAUACUAUUAUUUGGAAAUGUCAAAUGAUUUAUUGUAUGAAUAUGAUGAAUAAAUAAUAGAGAAUUUUGAAAUUGAUCCUAAUUUAGGUAAUUAUAUUAUUGUAACCAAUCCAGUCAAUAAUUUAUUACCUAAUUCACCUGAUUGUGCUAAUAGGAAACGAACAGCACAUUAAUUUAAUUCUUAUCUUAUAUACAUUGAAGGAUUUCAAGGAUCUAUUGUAAUAGAUAAUAUUGAAAUUUUUAAUUUAUUAUUUAUAGAUAGAUCUGCUAUAUUUAUUAAAUCUUAUUAAAACUUAUUAUAAAUGUAAAUGGAAACUAUUUUGCUUUAAAAUUUAAGUUUUGAUAAUAAUAGACUUGCAUCAACAUUAAAUGGAGAAGAGAUGAGUUUAAUAAUAAUUGAUUCAUAAUAAAAUUAAAACAUCACUAUAAUAAAUGCUUAAUAUAAUGAAAAUCAUUUACACUAAAUAACUGAUUCAUAAACAUCCCAAACACCAGCACUUAUAUUAAUUAUAUCUCCAAAUUCCAUACUUAAUUUAUAGAAUUCUUAUUUUAAUUAUAAUCGUAUUUCUAAAUCAACAAAUGGAUUAAUUUGGAUUAAAGUAGAUUAAAUUAUUCUUAAUAAUUGUUAUUUUUAAAAUACAAAUAUUUUAGAUAUUUAAUGGUUAGAUUAUUUAGAAGAAUAAUAAUUAACAAAAAGUGAUCCAUAAACAACCUUUAUAAAUCUAAGUAAUAUAAAUAUUGAUAAUUUUAGAAUAAUAUUUUUACAUUUUAUCUAAAGGAUCAAAUUUAUAUAUAAUAGGUAAAUUUAUAUAUAUUGAUAACAUAUAAAUUAUUGAAUCUUAUGGAUAAUCUGCUGCUGGAAUUUUCCUUGAAUUAUUAGAUGGAAUUGUCAUCAUCAAAUAAUCAAACUUUAAAAAUAUCUAAAGUAGUUUACAGUAAAUUGAUAAUACAGAAGGAGGAUGUUUAACAAUAAAUUCAGAUAGUUCUUAAAUGUAAUUGGAAUUACAUUCAGUAAUUAUGAAUAAUUGUACUGCAAGAAUUAGAGGAGGAUGCAUUCAUUUAUAUCCUACAAAAUUUAAAUAAAGCAUUUUAUUAAAAGAUUCAUAAUUUUAACUUUGCCAAUCUUUGGGAUAUUCCUUUUUCAGUAAUCCCUAUUUAGAAUCUACUGAUCAACCAAUAAUUGAAUUUUUGAACAUUUAUGUAGAAGAUAAUAAUUACAAUAACUUUAUUUAAAAUUUACCAGAUUUAUCAUUAUUAGAAUAAUUGUAAUUAACUAAGAAUUCUGGAAUUUAUUAUUAACAUACAGGAAAAUUAAUAAUUAGAAAUUCUAUCUUUACUAAUAUUAAAUAUUUAAGUAUCAUUAAAGCAAUUGCUAUGACUGAUAUAUUUAUAUCUCAAUGUGUAUUUACUAAAAAUAUUCUCUUUUUAAUGCCUCUUUUAGAUCUCUAAAUGACACCAACUGUCUCGAAUCAAAUAUAAAUUAUUGCAUCUGAAUUUAUAGAUAAUUGGUCUAUAAAUAUCAAUCCAAUUGUAAAUAAAUGUGAUGGAUUUAUUAGAAAAGGUCUCAAUUCAACCUUAGAUUAAUAAACUUGUGAUUAAAUUAUGUACAUUAUUGAUUUUUAGAAUUUUGUAAAUUAAGAUUAAAUAAUUUGGAAUAGUGAUGAAUAUUUAGAAUAUUAUUAUUAUCUAACUGAAUAAGAUAAGUAUGGAUCUAUCUAUUCAUAUAAUUUUUAUUAUGCUAAAAUUAUUCAAAUUGUUUAAAGAUUCAAUUCAACACCCAACAAUACUUUAAUCAAUUGUAUUCUCCAAAAUAUGUUAAAGUAUUAUAUUAUAAUAUAUAUUUAGUUUAACAUUAGAAGCUAAUUAAGAUAUAACCACUUCUAUAAUUACUAUAACUAACCUAUUUAGUAAUUCCUAAUUAAAAUUUGAAAAAAUUAGUAUCAUUUAAAAUAGAUGUUUAAGAUGUUAUGGAGGUUUAGUUUAAAUAUUGGGAAUUAAUAUUGGAAUCCAAAAAGAUACUAAAUUAUUUUUAACUCAUAUUAACUGUAAAGAUAAUCUCAUAGGUUAUUAUGGAUGUUUAUUAAUUUAAUAAUCAUAAACUAUAAAUACCUUUAUACCAAAUUAGAAUUUGAUAGAUUUGAAUGUUACCUAAUUUUCUAACAGAUUGUUGUAAUUAAGUUAAGAAUAAACUGUAUAAAUAGAUUUAUCGAUUUUUUCAUCCAAUCGAGCUAGUAUUGGAACUGCCAUUAGUUUAUUAGGGUUGAAUGCUUUAAUAAAAAAUAGCAUAUUCUCGGAUAAUAGUGCAAGUCUUGUUGGAGCUGGUGUUUAUUAUAUGAACAUUGGUGGAGAUUUAGAAACUUCAUUAUAUGUCUACAAUUUAUCAUUUUAAAGUAAUAAAGCAUAAGUUGGAGCAGCAUUCUACUUAAUUAAUAAAGAAUUAGCAAAUGUAAAUUCCUUAUUAAUUAAAUUUGAAUACAAUAAUGCAACAAUAUAAGCAAAUAAUAUUCAUGAGAAUUCAAGAAGAUAAACUCUUUAAAUGAAUGAGAAUUCUUAUUUUUAGAUUCAGAUAUAUCUAAAUCUAAGUGGAGAUGAGAAUCUUGAUGGAAACAUAGAUAGUAUUAAUAACAUUAUAAGGGAAAACAUAACUUUUGAUUAUCNUGUACAUUAUUGAUUUUUAGAAUUUUGUAAAUUAAGAUUAAAUAAUUUGGAAUAGUGAUGAAUAUUUAGAAUAUUAUUAUUAUCUAACUGAAUAAGAUAAGUAUGGAUCUAUCUAUUCAUAUAAUUUUUAUUAUGCUAAAAUUAUUCAAAUUGUUUAAAGAUUCAAUUCAACACCCAACAAUACUUUAAUCAAUUGUAUUCUCCAAAAUAUGUUAAAGUAUUAUAUUAUAAUAUAUAUUUAGUUUAACAUUAGAAGCUAAUUAAGAUAUAACCACUUCUAUAAUUACUAUAACUAACCUAUUUAGUAAUUCCUAAUUAAAAUUUGAAAAAAUUAGUAUCAUUUAAAAUAGAUGUUUAAGAUGUUAUGGAGGUUUAGUUUAAAUAUUGGGAAUUAAUAUUGGAAUCCAAAAAGAUACUAAAUUAUUUUUAACUCAUAUUAACUGUAAAGAUAAUCUCAUAGGUUAUUAUGGAUGUUUAUUAAUUUAAUAAUCAUAAACUAUAAAUACCUUUAUACCAAAUUAGAAUUUGAUAGAUUUGAAUGUUACCUAAUUUUCUAACAGAUUGUUGUAAUUAAGUUAAGAAUAAACUGUAUAAAUAGAUUUAUCGAUUUUUUCAUCCAAUCGAGCUAGUAUUGGAACUGCCAUUAGUUUAUUAGGGUUGAAUGCUUUAAUAAAAAAUAGCAUAUUCUCGGAUAAUAGUGCAAGUCUUGUUGGAGCUGGUGUUUAUUAUAUGAACAUUGGUGGAGAUUUAGAAACUUCAUUAUAUGUCUACAAUUUAUCAUUUUAAAGUAAUAAAGCAUAAGUUGGAGCAGCAUUCUACUUAAUUAAUAAAGAAUUAGCAAAUGUAAAUUCCUUAUUAAUUAAAUUUGAAUACAAUAAUGCAACAAUAUAAGCAAAUAAUAUUCAUGAGAAUUCAAGAAGAUAAACUCUUUAAAUGAAUGAGAAUUCUUAUUUUUAGAUUCAGAUAUAUCUAAAUCUAAGUGGAGAUGAGAAUCUUGAUGGAAACAUAGAUAGUAUUAAUAACAUUAUAAGGGAAAACAUAACUUUUGAUUAUCAUAUGAUUGGUAACUAUCCUGAAAAGACUAAUCUACUUAUCUUACCUUCAGGAUAAUCUAUUAAUACAUAUGAAUAUUUUUUUGAAGAUACCUAAGAAUACAUACCUUAUGAAUGGAUAUUUAGAGUGAUUAAUUUGAAUAGAUUCAAUGAACCUGUAGUUAAUGAUGAAGAUGGGGAUAAGUGUUAUAUAUUUGGUAGAAUACAAAAGUUCUAGAAUUAUUCUGAGAGUAUAUCUUUUACUAAUAACUUCACAAUUCCUAAUGAAAUGCAUUAUAACCAAAAUUUAAAAGGAUAUGUAUUAGAUGAUAUGUAAUUGUCUUUUGAUCCAUAUUUUGAUAAAGAUUUUUAUUUGGAAUUAAAAAGUAAUAAUAUUUUAUCAUAAAUUAGUUAAAUGUGAUAAAAUGGCUAUUCCAAUAUAUGCUAAUCCUCCAGAUUCUAAAAUUCUUGGUUACAAUAAAAAAUAUGAAUUAAUUUUGAAUGUGAGAACAUUUCCCUGCUAAAAAGGUGAAGUCUAUUAACUUGGUCGUUGUAUACCAUGUAGUCCAAAAUUAAAUUAAUAUUCUGUUACUAUUGGAUCUGUUUUAUGUUCUUAAUUUAAUUCUGACUACAUGAUAGCCAUAAAAAAAUCAUCAAUUUAGUUGAAACCUGGAUAUUGGAGACCUGAUUAUAAUAAUGACUAAUCUUUGUAUUGUGAAAAUUUAGAUUCUAAUUGCAAUGGUGGUUGGGUUCCUGGUAAUCCUUCUUGUUAUACUGGACAUAUAGGAGCAUUAUGUGAAUCAUGUGAUCUCUAUUAGAUAUAUAAUUACGAAAGUUAUACUUAAACUUCAUCAUAUAAAUGUGCAAAAUGUGGACCAACUAUGUAAUUAAAUUAUAUAGUUUUGGUGGUUACAUCUAUAAUAUCCUUUAUUUCAAUGGUUUUAGCAGUAAAAGGUAGUUAUGAAUCAUCAAUGUAAUUUAUUAUUGAAGAAAUUUUUGAAAUAUGGGGAGUAUUAUUAAAAAGUUCUGAGAGUAAUUUAGCUGUUUUGAUGAAAGUUCUGACUAAUUAUUUUUAAAUCAUUUAGUUUAUUGCUUCAUUUUAGAUAUCUAUUCCUGAUCUACUUAAAUAAACAACCAAGACUGGAGGCAAUCCUACUGAAAGUACUAACACAGCUAUGGAUUGUCUCUAUGUAACAAUGUCUGAUUUAGAUGUUUUAUAUUUUAGAAUGGUUUGGGCAUUCAUAUAACCAUUAAUAUAUUUGAUAGGUUUUUAUAUCAUCUAUUUUGUUGGAAUUGCAACUAAAAGGUUUCCAUACAAAAUUAAUAUUAUUACUACAGCACUUAUCUAUUAAUUCCUUUAUUUAUAGCCCACUUAUGUUGAAGGAUUUAUUGUCUUAGCAUCCUCUAGAACCAUAAGUGGUAUACCAUAUGUAUAGAGAGAUGUUGCAUAUAAAUAUGAUAGUGCAAUACAUUAAUAUUAUCUCCUAAGAUUUAUUAUACCUAUGUUAAUUAUUUGGGUCUUAUUGUUACCUUUAUUAUUUAUGUUUUUGGUUUACAAGAAUAGAGCCACAAUUAACACCAAAUAAACCAAAUUAAUUUAUGGAUUCUUCUAUCUAGAAUACUAAUUAAAUAGUUAUCUAUGGGAAUUUGUUAAAUUAUUUCAAAAGGAAUUCAUGGUUAUUAUUCUAGUUUAUUAUGAAGAUCAAGUUACUGUUAAAGGUUUGUUACUAGUAGUAGUAAUGUUUCUCUAUGGGUUUUACUAAAUUCAAAUAUCACCUUACAGUAAUAAGAGACUCAAUAUGUUAGAUAGAUAUUCAACUAUCAUUUUGUCAAUCUCUUUAGCUAUGGGAGUUUUAUUGAAAUCAUGUUAAGAUUCACAAUUUGGAUAUUUAGUUAUAAUAGUAUCUAUUUUAUUAAUCUUAAUAAAUGUUCCAUUCCUAUUGACAAUUAUAUAUUACAUUUUUGAAGGAUAUAUUAUUAAAUUGUCCCCAAUCCUCGAUAAAAUAAGGGAUUUCCUCAAUUAAAAAUAUCCAAAUUUAAGUAAAACGUAUCCUUGGUUAAGACCCUACUUAUAUAAUAAAGCUUAAAUGACUAUCAGAGUUAAGGCAUAUUGGGACAUCCUAAGAAAUGCUGUAAAAGACACCAAUCAAUUUUGUAAAGAACAUGAUUUAAAAUUUAAAAAGGUCUUCCCUCCUUAUGCAAAAAUAGAAGAAAAUGAGGGUAAUACCUUUGUGAAUAUUUCAAUUGAAACUAAGCCAAACUUAAUUGAAGAUAAAUAACCUUUAAUAAUUUAAGAUUCCUUUAUUCAAAUAAAUUAAGACAAUUCAUAAAAUUAACUACCAAGUGCAAUGAGAACCUAAAAUAUGCAAACCAAUGGAGUAGUGUAGUUAGGUUAAUUUUUUACUUCAUCAUUCAUGAUUAACGAAUCUUAAGAACCUAUACCCAUUACAGGCUAAGGUUUUGAACAAUGGCCAGAUUAAACUUAGUAUUAAGGAUUAAUUGUUAAUGGUAAAAAAUAAGGAAAAGGAGUUUUAAUUUGGCCAUUCAAAGAAAAUGAAAAGUAAUAAGAAUAGUAUGAGGGCGAAUUCUUUAAUAAUCUAUUCGAUGGUUAUGGGGUAUAUAAAUGGAGUGAUGGUAAAGUAUAUGAAGGAGGAUGGAAAGAAGGCAAGAGACAUGGGUAUGGAAAAUAUCAAGGGAUAAAUUAAUAGUAUGAAGGAGAGUUUUAGAAUGAUUAAUAUUAAGGAUACGGAAAUUUGAGCAUUGGAGAUAAGAUAAUUUCAGGAUAAUUUGUUAAAGGUAAAAUGGAUGGAGAAAUGAAUGUUAUAAUUGGCAAAAAGAAAAGGAGAGGAAUUUGGAGAGAUGGAGUGUUUGAGAAGUGGAUUAAUUGA